GCUUUUCAACGUCACGUCCUAAACCGCCAAAAGCCCUUGCCUAGGAGAGUUCCACUCGCGCGCGCGCUCAUUAUGCAAUUCACAGCACGCACAUACACACAUACACACGGUAUCUUCCGGAAAGAAAGAGAAAAAACUUCAUAUCAUAACUCGAACGUUCUACUACCAAACGCCCCUAAUUCCAUCAGAUCCUCAGGCCACCUACCUCAAACGGGGGGCCGAGCGAGCCUUUUCGCAUUUUUCAGCAGCACUGAAUUCUGCCCGCCUUUUUUUUUUCUUCUCUACCUUCCAACGGGGUUUGUGAGGCUGACCUCAGCCUCGGGGACGGCGCGGGCAAGGAUAGUGUUUGGGAAUGGCGGCGUAACAGUCGUGGCCCUCGUCCUCGUCGGGUGGGUGCGGGUGGUGGUGGUGCCGGUGCUGGCCGGGCCGGCGCUCGCCUCGUACUCGAACUUGAGCGUCUGGAAGUGCUGGAAGUCGUGCCAGUCCUCGAAGUCUUCUUCUACUUGGUCGGCUUUUUCGUCGUUGUGGUUUUUGUGGCCUUUGUGGACGGGGUCGUUGGAGUCGAAGAUGUGGUGCUCGCCGCGCUUCCUGUCGGCCUUCUUGCCUUCUGGUGGGAUGAGACGGGGCGUAUGCGUGGCCAGGAAGUGCUUUAAGCUCGAGAGAAAGGGGUCAAUGUCAUGUUUCUCGCGGGCGGCAGAGGUCACGGUGGCGAGGGUGGUGGGCUUCUGGAUGGAUCUGCCUUGGAGACCGAGGGUGAUAGGGUCGAGGGCGAAGUCAGAGGCUGCGGGCUCAGGGCUGGAGAGUGGGAUGACGGGGCUGGUGGUAGCGUUGGCUAUGAGCGCUGCGACGACGCCGGAGGGUGCGGCAGAGGCUGCGGCAUUAGAACUAGAGAGUGGGAUGACGGGGCUGGAGGUAGCGCUGGCGCUGACAGCGACUACGACGCCGAGGCUGAGGAGGGCGAGGCUGAACAUUUUGGCUUGGGAGUUGGUGGAGGGUCGAAGGCCGUUUGGGGGAGUUGGCGAGGUGUGAUAUGAGACAAGAAGUGAAGAGAGGAGAUAAAGCUUGUGGGCGGCUAGUAAUGCGUCUCUUUAUAUAUUUAAAUGUCGGUAGCAUGAGUCCGGAAGCGAGUUGGAUUUUGUGGAACG